CCCCACGACUGUGCCUACCCUUUACUUACAUUUCAACAAGAACCCACCUCCAGACAAACCCAAGCAAGUAACAUUUCUUCAACAUAUCAACAAACCACCAACCACAAAGAUGACCACCAAGAAAACCAUCACCGUCUUCGGCGCAACCGGCCUACAAGGCGGCUCCGUCGCCGCCAUCUUCCUCAACGACCCCAAGCUCAAUGCCGACUGGACCGUCCGUGCCGUCACCCGCGACGUCACCAAGGAAAGCGCAAAGCAGCUGGCCGACCAGGGCGCCCAAGUCGUCGCCGCCGAUUUGAACGACAAGUCGAGUCUCCGGAAAGCAGUCGAUGGCGCUUAUGCCGUCUUUGCCGUGACCAACUACUGGGAGAAGAUGAACAAGGACGUCGAGGUCCAGCAGGGCAAGAACCUCGUGGAUGUAGCUGCCGAGGCGGGCGUGCAGCACUUUAUUUGGAGUUCUGUUCUUAAUAUUUACGAAUUAAGCAAAGGCAAACUGCCCAACCUCCACCACUUCGACAGCAAAGCCGAAGUAGAAGAUUACGCCCGCCUCACCACCAGUCUCCCCUCCACCUUCUUCCUACCAGGUUUCUACAUGUCCAACUUCCCCGGUCCGGCGUUAGGUUUGACCCACCACGACGACGACACCGGCAAAUGGACAUUUGCCCUGCCUACCCCCGCGAGCUCCUCGUUCUUCCCCCUCUUCGACACAGCAGACACAGGCAAGUUCGUCAAGGCUGCCGUCCUCCACCGCGAGGAAACCCUCGGCAAGAGACUUCUCGGUGCAACCGAGUACUUGACGGGCGACCAGGUGGUUGAAGGCUUCAAGAAGGUGUUUCCCAAGGCUGGGGCGACGGCUUCGUACUACCAGGUUCCAGAAGACGUCUACCUCGACAAUCUCAAGGGCGCUGGCAUGCCGGACUAUGUGGCGCAAGAGCUGCUGGAGAACUUUUUGCUUCUGGGUACCUUUGGAUACUACGGCGGCGAGAGCCUGGACUGGACACAUUCGCUGGUUGAGGACAAGUUGACUACCUGGGAGGAGUUCAUCAAGAAGACUCCUGAGUGGAAGGACCUGAAGUAACUGGUGGGCGUUUGUCAAGUGAAGGAUGAACCGGUUGAUGAUUCCAAAGGAAAGUAAACGCAGUACGAAGUCCCCUUUCGAUACCUAAUUCUAUGCAGAGAUCAGGUACUUAGAAAUCGAGUUCAGAGGUGUACAAUCC